GAUACACGAUUCUUGGUGUGCAAGUAUCAGUUGUCGCAUGCCAGCGAAUAUUUCCGAUCGUUAUUUUUGGCCAAUAAAUCACUACCUCUAUCAGGUGCACAUCAGUGUGCGAUGAAUGAAUUCGCCAUUGUUGUCUCGUCAUUUCAACAUCCUCCACCAGCCACUCAGUUUCGUUGGUUUUUGGAAUGUGCCGUGCAGGCGCCGAUUCUCAAAGAUAUUUCAGACGAGACACUCGAAACUUGCAUGCGAUUAUCGAAAAGAUUCAAAGCGCAAGGCCUGGAAAUGCGAUGUGCUCGAUAUAUCCAAGAGAAUGUAAAUAAAAAAUCACCAAUGGUCGCGUUGUGCUGGUUGAAUUGGGUGUUGAAGCAUAAAUUCGAUCGUGCCUCUCAUGACGCAUGUCUACCGUGUGUUGCCAGUGCUUCACUUCAGUGUCUCGAACAGCACCGUAAUAUGAUCACAGAGAAAUUACUCGCCGAUCUACUGGCAGCUAAACUCAGGAUGCUCUAUGAUCAGGUUUGCUUACUGCUAAACAACUGA